AUGUUUUAUAUAAUAUCAAAUUUGAAGGAAAUCAAAUUUUCCGAGGCUAUACAUCAAAUAGUGGCUUCUCCUCUAUUUUCCAAAAUAAUAUUUUUUACCAUAAUUAUUAAUACGAUAGAGCUAAUAUCAGAUUCAUUUGAUACAAUCAACGCUAUAAGCGAUUCGCCUCUCGCUAUCAUGAAUAACAUUUUCUUGGCAUUUUAUAUUUUUGAAAUGAGCGCCAAGUUGUAUGUUUGGAAAAAGGAAUUCUUUGAAGAUCGUUGGAAUACAUUGGAUUUGAUAAUUGUGAGCAGCAACUGUUUAGAGUACAUUUAUUCUACUAUAGUAAGAUAUGCAAAUUUUAUACCAAGUAUUUACUUACCCAAAGCCAUGGUUGCCAUGAAUGCUCUAAGGAUAGUUAAAACCUUAAGGGUACUAAGGUUGUUAAAGUACAUAACUACUUUAAGAGUCGUAACUUCUGUAUGUUUGGGAUCUAUGAAAUCGCUCGGGGCUAUAUUUUCUCUCAUGAUACUUUUCGUCUACGUGUUCGCCGUCAUUGGUGUCAGCUUAUUCAAAAAUCAAAAUGAACACUUUAACGAUUUGAUUACCGCUUCUUAUACCAUAUUUCAAAUACUGACCCUGGAUAAUUGGUUUGCAGAAUACGCUACUCUGUCUCAUAACUCAUCUGGGGGUAUUUUUUUGUUCUUGGUAACGUGUAUAAUUGUAGAAUACUUUGUGUUAUUCAAUCUUUUUAUAGCAGUUUUGGCCGAUAAUUUUCAAUAUACUAUAACUUUAGCCAAAGCAGAGAGGGAAAAAGAAGAAAUAGAAAGGACAGUGAAAGAAGGAGAGAUCCUGGAAAGUUAUAUAGAGGAUAUGGAAAAUAAAUUUGAAUGGAAUAGAGAUUGUUUGCUUAAAGAAUCCGAAAAUGAAGUUAAAAAGAUUGAAGAGACGAAUGGAGCAAAUGACGAUUUAGAUCAUGCUAUAUCUACCUCCAACAACAUAUCUGACGCAUACUUUGCUAAAUUUCUUAUGACUUCCAGAGAGCGACUAAAUCUGGAACUGUAUAUCAACGCCAUCAAAUCUCUUGAUUAUAAUUAUUAUUUGCUGAUGAAUCAAUUGGACACGAUCAAUAAAUUGGUGGAAUCAUCCAGUUUCAAAUUGAAUAAUAAAUCAAAAAAAGCUUAA